CUCGCAACUCGCAGGUAGACCGACCAAUUGAGCAAACCAUCUCGACCCCCGGCUCGUCGGCCAACAAGCUUCAUCUUGCCCACCUCGCCGCCUUCCUUCAUGUCGGUCGGCUACACGGCUCCACCUUUGCAUCUCGACAAUCCACCUCGACAUAGACACACAAGCACAAGCAUACGCACAGCAACGCAUCGCAGCACAAGCAGGCGUUGACCAACACACCAGCGCGCGCAGACUCGCGCCGCUAGCUAGCCCAGACCCGUCAGGCCGCCCCAUCAUCUCGACAACGACAGCGACGAGCUGCGAGAUGAACGGCAACCCGUACCCGGAUCACCCGCCGCAGCCGGCACUGUCAUUGUACAACAGCUCGAGCAAUGCCGGCUACCGAUACGAAGACCAGCAACAUCAGCAGCAGCAACAGCAACAUCCACCUGCCCCACCACCACAACAGCCGACCCAGUCGGUCCACUACAUGCCGCUCCCACCUCAUCACCAAGUUCCACUACAGCAGCAGCAGCCCCCACAGCCGUUCCCCCAUGCCCACGCUCAUGCAAGACAUUACGCGCACCCCGACAAUGCCUCAUCCCUCCAUCCUUCUCAUCUUCAGCAUCCCGGCCUCCAACCGUCGCCAAUGACCCACGGCCAUGGUGUGCUUGGCCUCCCUCUCCCUGGCCACCCCGACCAGCACCUUUCGUCAGCCUCCCAACCUCACCCCCAUCUGCACGCAGGGCAGGGCCGCCCGCCACCGUUGAUGCCGGACGCUGGGCCGCCAGUGUCGGCGUCAGCAUCUGCGUCCGGCUCAUCAGCGCCCCGCAUCCCCUGGGAUCCACAGGGCUACCAUGAGACACACCCUCACUUCCCUCCCAACCCUGGGCCGGUCACCAACGCCAAUGCCGCCCCGAGCGCGAGCUCAAGCGCCAUCUCCUCUGGUACCAGCACAACGCCGCAGUCGUCGGUGCCGGCCGUGCGUGAUCUCGCUGCACGUCCACCGCUCGAGCUAUCGCCCGCUCAGAGCGCAGCGAGCAAGUCUCCCCACGAGGGCACGCCCACGACGACAAACAGAAAGCGCAGGCGAAACAAGGUCCCCGCCGACCUCGAUCUCGAAGGCCAGGACAUCGAGUACGAGGACCCGUCAGGAGACCACACGCAGGGCCCAGUGUUCAUCCACCCGCCGAAGGGGAGCGUGCAAGCAUGUGUGCGCUGCCACCGCAUCAAGCGCAAGUGUGAUGGGGCAUGGCCACGCUGUGCAAGCUGUUUGCGAGCAGACGUGCCUUGCGUGUUUGAACUUGGCGUCGCUACGAGCAGCUACGUCCACAAACUGAAGGCCACAAACGAGGACUUGUUGAUCAAGCUGCGGGAAACAGAGGAGCGAGCGAGGUUACUCGAGGAGGAGGCCGGACAGGUGCCAGAAUAUCCUCCAGGCAUGGAACGAGGACCCUUGCCUCCAAUGCUCGGCGGCAACGACCUCGGAAGGAUGGCCCUGGGCGAUUUCUCCAAGGUCGCUGAGAAUGCCUUGGGACUCAAGUACCACGGAACGGUCGGCUACCUGUCGCAGGUCAAUGCCCAUGCAACAGGCGUGGCUGGCAGCGACGGCUACUCGGUGGGAUCGUCUGGCCGCCUUUCGUCACCUCGGAGACUGAGUUUCACACCUGUCGUCACCGAAAUGUUGAGUUACGAGGCGGCCCUGACAACUGUCAAGCACUAUUUCGAGUUCAACCAACCGUCAUACCCCUUGCUCGAGAAGGAGGACGUCAUACCCUACGUUCACGAGCUGUACGGGCGUGAACCAGAUGGCGAGCUGUCAGCAAAGGAAGCGGCAGCGAAAGAUCCAGCAAAAAUAAUGCGACGGGGUUCCAAAGACUCGGCAGAGGCCUCCCCAGAACACUACAACCUCCGACGGAAGUUUAUUAUCUACAUGGUCCUCGCACUAGGUGCAACAGGAGCAGAGCGUCUUGGCGACGUCGAGCAGGGCAUCAGCCGGUCUCUCUUCCAGGCGGCGAUGCAGUACAGGGCCAUUGCCGUGGAACGGGAAGAUAUUCUUUGCGUCCGAGCGUUGCUGCUCUUGGCAAUAUUUGCCAUGUAUGACCCAGCAGCCUGUUCGUUGUGGCAGGUUGUCGGCCUUGCGGGGCGCGUUGUCACCGCCCUCAAUCUGCACCGCAAGAGCGACUCGUUCUCGGCCAUCCCGCAAGAGGCACUAGAGUCGCGCCGGCGGCUGUUCUACUCGUGGUACAACAUCGACCGUGUCGUCGCUGCGACGCUUAGCAAACCCCUCAGUCUCGCAGACAGCGACAUUGAUAUCGAGUACCCAUCGCCGAUCCCCGGCGACCCCGAAUAUCGCGGCAUCCCUGUCAUGAUCAUCACGCGGCAUAUCAUCCGGCUUCGCAUGCUCAUGGGCAAGAUUCUCACCACACUGUACAGCGUCGCGGGCGAGCAGAACGGCUACCCCCAGGAGAAGCGCCGUGCGAUUAUCAACGCCCUGCAUACGGAAGUCGACGAGUGGAUCGCAGAAUGCCCCAUGCCCAAGGAUGACGACAAGAUGCGGACCAUCAACUCGGCCCUUUGGUGGAACAUCAACUAUCACCAGAUGUUGCUGAUGCUGUACCGACCAUGCCCGCUGGACCCGAUCACGACGCCGGCAUCGCUCAGAGCUAUGUACGAGGCUGCCGGGCGCCUGGUUGACCUCUACAUGGACAUGUGGCAGGACAACCGGGUGCAGUUCAACCUCAUCCAAGUGAUUGCCCUGUUUGUGGCAUCGACCGGGCUGUUAUGCUCGUUGUGCGAGAACGACACAAGGAUGCGUAUGGCAGAGGCCAAGGCAAUGCUGCCAAACGACCCCGCCGUGCGGGAAACUAUCGUCGAGCUUGGCCUGGGACGAUACACUGGGCCUCACGACCCAGCAUGGCAUGACGAGAUCCGCACCCGUGUUGCUCAGUGCCACGACAUGUUUGACACGUUUGGUCGAGCCAUCCCAUUAUCGGCAAAGUACCGAGACAUCUUUACCAAGAUUAGCACCAUCCUGUUGCAGCGGUGUACUCCAAAACUGGACAGCACGGGCACCAGGGCCGAGAUCCUCAAGUCUUUGAGUGUUGAGCCUUCCUCGCAUCUCACAACGCCGUCGACGCAGCUCGGCAGCCUCGAGACGCCGGUUGACAUCGUCUCGGUGCUCCCGGCCGUCUCGGGCAUGUCGUUGACCGAAUCUGCCAAUCGCGAGGGCGUGGUGCAGGCCGAGGCGCCUGUCACUGUCGCCACUGCAGACGCGCUCCCCACUCCCGACUCGGUCAUUUCGCUUCCGACCGACGACUUGCAGCAGGCGGCUGACGUUCCGAUUUGGGACGCCAUGAGCCAGUUCUACUACGACCUGGGCGACUUAUUUGCCGACGACUCGCAGCACCAGUUUGCGCCGUUUGACGAGUCCACCUAUGGGCAGGGGUGGAACGACUGGGGUGGUAGCGGGCACGGGGACAGUAAGAGCGACCAGGGCAUGGGGCCCGGGCCAAAUGAGCAGGGGUGGUGGGAGCAGACGCAGUAGCGUUUUGUAGAGGCGGC